CACCACGCUCACGUUUCACCCAGUCCCCUUGGCCCCGGCUGGCGGCCGGUCACGCCGUCCCCGGCACGGCCCCUGCUGCUCGCCCAGCCCCGGGGCUGGGCCUUCCCGGCAGAGCCCCGCCGCCUCUCUGCGCACCCUCCGAGCACCGGGGCUGCCGGCCGGGGCCCUCAUGCUGUCCCCUGAGGGUUUGGUGGCCGUGGCCGCCGUGGUCACUUGCCUGGGCUACCUGGCAUGGCACCUUCUGUGUGGGAGGCUGGAGGUGCCCAGAGGUCUGGAGGAUGAGGAGGAGGAAGAGGAGGGGACCCCCAUCCUCACUGAGGACGGCGUGGUGUGCUGCCGGCUGCUGUGCAAGCCCUCGGCGCUGGCCCAGCACCUGGAGCGGAGCUUGGGGCGCUCAGCAGCAUUGAGGGGGGGGCCCUGGCCGUGGCCUCGCUGGCCUCGUCUCCGUCUGCUGCAGCAGCUCCUGCCGCCCCCCCAGCCGGCACCGGCGGUGGUCCGGGAGCAUCUGCAGGUCCCCGACGGCGGCCUGGUGGCCCUGGACUGGCUGGUGGGGCCGCGGGGGGCCGGGGGCCGGCGGCGGGGCAGCGGGGGCCCCCCCAGCCCGGUGCUGCUGCUCAUCCCCAACGCCGCCGGCAAGGUGCCGGGGGGGCUCCUGCAGCUGGGCUGCCGGGCGCUGGAGCUCGGCUACGUCCCCGUCGUCUUCAACCGGCGGGGACACAACGGCUGCCCCCUGGCCACCCCCCGGCUCCAGCCCUUCGGGGACCCCGGGGACCUGCGUGAGGCCGUGGCCUACGUGUGCUGCCGGCACCCCGCCGCCCCGCUGCUGGCCGUCAGCGAGGGCUCGGGCUCGGGGCUGCUGCUGGCCUACCUGGGCGAGAGCGGCUCCUCCAGCCGCCUGGCCGCCGCCGCCUGCCUCUCGCCCGUCUUCCGCGCCCGGGACUGGUUCGAGGCCCCGCUGCCCCGGCUCUACGAGUGGCCGCUGCUGCUGCACCUCAAGCGGGGACUCAGCAGGUACGCGGGCGCCCUGGCCGAGGCGGUGGACGUGGCCAAGCUGCUGGGCAGCCGCUCGCUGCGGGAGCUGGAGGAAGCCCUCUUCUGCGGGACCGAGAGCAGCCCCGCCAGCUGGGAAGCCUACUGGGAGCGCAACGAGCCCCUGCGCGAUGCCGACGAGGUGGCCGUGCCCGUGCUGUGCGUCUGCAGCGCCGACGACCCCGUCCGCGGGCCCCCUGCCCGCACGCUGCCCGUGGAGCUGUUCCGCAGCAGCCCCUACUUCUUCCUGCUGCUCACCCCACGCGGGGGCCACUGCGGCUUCCCCCAGCGUGGCCCCGGGCGAUGCUGGGGCCACGAGGCCGUGCUGGAGUACUUCAGGGCCAUCGGCGAGUUCCUGCGGGCGGAGGAGCGGAGGACCGGGGUGCUGCAGCCCCGUCGAUGGGGGGUUCCCCUCCCCGAGCCCCCCGCCUUCACCUGGCAGCGGUCCUACACCAGGUAGCCCCCUCCCCCCCACCCCAUCACCAGCUCAGGAACGCAGGCAGACACUCCGUGUACUAAAAUUACUUUAUUACAGUUGAUUUUUUUUUUUUUUUAACAUUUCCUUUGCUAUGAUACAAAGGAUACUUACAAACAAAAUAUUACAUAUGACCUUAUUUUUUUUUUUUUUCUCUUCUCUUAUUUUCUGACAACUUGGUAACAGCUUUAAAUGCACAAUCUAUACAAUUAAUACAGGUUAUAUAUGAGCUAUAAUGUAUGUUGAACCAGAAGAAUACCAGAAUACUGACAAUAUACUGUACAUUAAGCCUUACCAGUUAGUGCUCGUGGCAUUUUCUACCAGAAGGAAAACGCACACCUGUAGAUUCACUCAUACCAGCUGGUGCUACCAGACAUGGAAGCAGGAAGGCGUUCAAUUCCCCUAUUUAAAUCCUUCGCGGCCCACCACCGUCGGCGCUGGGCCUGGAACCCUCAGACCAGUGUUCAUAGUAAAACAGCAGAUAUGUGUGUGUUUUUCUACCUGAUGCUCUGCAGCACAGAACCACGACGGCGGGUGCCUUUCCCAGACCCCCCGCGGCAGCCUGGCUUUGCCGAAGCUGCGUUGCUGUACCUGGAUGAAACCCCGCGGCGCUGGGCGAGCUCUUGGUGGGGAGCUGGACGUCCUGAUGGGGGAGAGGAGGAAGAAGAGGAGGAGGAGGAUGGGGAAAGCAGCCACGGCCUCGCUGCCGUCAAUAGGCAGCUCUGGGCUCUGUGCACUCCAACACGCAGGCACCGGAGGGUAGGAGCAAGCCCAGGGCACAUCGCUCCGCCGGCCCCGUCCCAGCCCGGCAAAACCUUGGCCCCCGCGGGGCACGGGAUGCCCGAGGCGCCGGAAGCAGCCUUGAGGCCUCGCCAGAAAGGGUUUGCUUUUGUUUCGCAGCCAAAGCUAGACUGGUGUCGCUACAGGUGUGCACUUCCCCUCCUCCCGCCAUGGUCUACUUCCACUGAUAAGGUUACAUUUUUAUUUUUUAUUUUUUUCUUUAAAGCAACCAGCAAGUGAAGCGCUUUUAGUUGACUGGCAAAAGA